AUGGCCGAAAUCGCUUCAUCCUUCGAAAAUGUUAAUAUCCGAUCGUUUCCGAAAAAGGAGCUUGACCCGGUUUCAAGAAUGGAGAGCUUGCAGCCUGGUUUCACCGAGCGUUCACUUGCCCCGAACGAAGAGACUCACCGUGGAUUCAAGCCGCGACAUGCGCAAAUGAUCGCGAUAGGAGGUGCCAUAGGCACGUCUCUAUUUCUGGGAAGCGGUAUGGUCCUGAGAGUAGGCGGUCCGGGGUUUCUCCUAUUGUCCUACGCUUUGAACUGCCUCAUCGUCUACGGAAUAAUGACCGCCAUUGCUGAAGUCGCAACUUAUUCACCUGUCCCUGGGGCAACAAUGAGCUAUUUUGCAGACAGAUAUGUCUCCCGCAGCUUUGGUGUGGCCCUCGGCUAUCUCUACUGGUACUCUCUUGGAAUACUCGUUCCCUACGAACUCACGGCCACGACACUUCUCAUGAGUUACUGGAACCCGACAGUGAGCCCCGCUUUGUGGAUGUCGAUUAUAUUGCUCGGUAUCAUUAUCGUCAAUUUCCUUCCUGUCAGCUACUAUGGAGAAGUCGAGUUCUGGAGCGCCGGACUCAAAGUACUGUUGAUCAUCGGCUUGAUUUGCUUUUCAUUCAUACUAUGCGUUGGAGGCGGACCCUCACAUGAUCGAUUGGGGUUUCGAUAUUGGGUCACUCCAGGGGCGACCAAGACCUAUAUCCUAGAAGGCGGUGUGGGUCGCUUGAUUGCCUGCCUUCAGUGCUUCGUGCUGGCGUCAUUCGCAUUUGUCUUGGCUCCAGAACAACUCAUUGUCACUGUAGGCGAGAUGCAGUCGGCCGAGGUGAACCUCCCCAAGGCGUCACGCAGGUACUUUUGGCGCUUGCUGCUGCUCUUUAUUCCAACCGUCGUUGGCAUCGGCGUUGUCUGUCCAUCAAAUGCAGAGGAUCUUGACUCCUCGGGAGCAUCAAGCUCCCCGUUCGUCAUCGCCAUUCGUAUCGCCGGCAUCCCCGCUCUGGAUAGUAUUGUCAACGCCCUGGUCCUCUCUUCUGCAAUCACAGCAGCCAACGCAUUCUUGUACUCUUCGUCUCGGAAUUUAUACUCCCUCGCUGUUGCCAGGAACGCCCCUUCCAUCUUCAGGCGUUGCAACAAGCAUGGGCUACCAUACAUAUCUGUUGCUACGAGCGCCUUGUUUGGCGGACUUGCCUAUAUGAGCCUAUCUUCAACGAGCUUGACAGUAUUCAACUGGCUUAUCAACCUCACAAACACCUCCGGGUAUAUUAGUUGGAUUGGCUGCUCGAUCAUAUAUUUCAGAUUCCGUAAGUCUUGUGAUUAUAAGGAAAUCACCCCUCCAUAUCGAUCGCGACUACAACCUUGGGCCGUGUAUUUCAGUUUGUUUGCAUCGUUGUUGCUACUUUUCCUCAACGGCUUUACCGUCUUUUUCCCAUCUCAAUGGUCUUAUGAGAGCUUCUUGACCUCGUAUAUCGGUAUUCCUGCUUUUCUGGCCAUAUACAUUUGUCAUCGAUGCUCAACUUGGAACGAUCCCUGGUUAAAGGCGAUCAACGACAUUGAGAUGUAA